AUGCAGACCAAGGGAGGAGAGAAUGCGAAAUCACAAAUGCUGGCACUCGCCUUCUUAGCCGUUGCGUCGUUAUAUUUGACCUGGUCCUUACUGGAGCUAUCCAAAGACGUCAGCACCUUCAUCCGACUGAACCAGAGGAAGAACUACACCGAUCCAAGACCGUUCUCGUCAUAUUCCUUCGUGGGCACCGACUACCCCCACCGCCUCCCCAUCUCCGAAAAGUUCGUCAAAACGAUCGCCCAAGAGAGCGUCCACUUCGCCAUCCACGCCCCCGAGGCGAAGGACGAAUGGCUCUGGACGGCCACGCUCGGCGAUGGGCACGUCCGCAUCGGAGAUAACGAGCAGCGCAUGUUCGCCGUCGCCAUGUUCCACGAGCUCCACUGUCUCCGUUCGAUCCGUGAGGUGAUCGACCAAGGCUGGGACACGCUCAGCAAGGGCGGCAAGGCGCAUAUACUCCACUGCUACAACUACUUGCGGCAGUAUACGCUCUGUCGGGCAGAUGUGACACUCGAGCCGGGGGAUUUUACGUUGCGGAACUUCACGAAGGAAAGGACAGGAGCGACGCAUACGUGUGUUGAUUGGGUGCCGGCAUAUAAUUUUAUGAGGGAUAGUUGGUUCGAGUGGGAUCGGUUCAGGAUCGAGCACGGUAUUCCAGUCCAUGGCGAUGUUACUUGA